AGAUGUCUUGUUUGGGAUGAGGCCAAGCACGUUAUCACAAUAUACAAUAAUAAGUUAAAACUCAAAAUAAAGUAAACUGAAAAUGUGUUGUUGGACAUGUUCCCGUGACACUGGUCUUUAUAACAUGCUCUGUUCUCUGCAACCUGCACUCACCACUGCAUCACAUUCACAGCAUGGCUCUCUUAUCCCAUGCCAUCACCUUCUUCAUCAUCUCCUUCCUUUACCUAACUCACCACCAACUCGCCCACGCCCAGUCACCAACUCAGCCACCUUACUCCUGCGGCGCUCACUCCAACUCCUACACCUUCUGCAACUCCAAGCUCCCCAUCACUCAAAGAGCCAAGGACCUCGUGUCACGACUCACCCUUGACGAGAAGCUCUCCCAGCUCGUCAACUCAGCGCCACCGAUCCCCCGCCUCGGGAUCCCGGGCUACCAGUGGUGGAGUGAAGCUCUGCACGGCGUUGCAGACGCUGGCAAGGGCAUUAGAUUCAAUGGCACUAUAAAAUCAGCAACUAGUUUCCCCCAAGUCAUUCUCACCGCGGCUUCAUUCGACGCCAAUCUCUGGUACCAAAUUAGUAAGGUGAUUGGAACAGAAGCUAGAGCGGUGUACAAUGCGGGGCAAGCUCAGGGGAUGACAUUUUGGGCUCCAAACAUUAACAUUUUCAGGGAUCCGAGAUGGGGGAGAGGGCAAGAAACUGCAGGUGAAGAUCCUAUGGUGAAUGCUAAGUAUGCUGUGGCGUAUGUUAGAGGGCUUCAAGGGGAUUCAUUUGAAGGAGGGAAAUUAGGGGAGCGUCUUCAAGCUUCAGCUUGCUGCAAACAUUUCACUGCUUAUGAUUUGGAUAAUUGGAAGGGUUUGGAUCGCUUCGACUUCGAUGCUCAUGUGACUCCGCAAGAUUUGGCGGACACCUAUCAACCCCCAUUUCACAGCUGCAUACAACAAGGGCGAGCAAGUGGAAUAAUGUGUGCUUACAACCGUGUCAAUGGGGUUCCAAAUUGUGCAGAUUUCAAUCUCUUAACCAACACCGCAAGAAAACAAUGGAAUUUCAAUGGGUAUAUUACGUCGGAUUGUGGAGCAGUCUCGAUCAUACACGAUAGGCAAGGCUAUGCAAAAACAGCAGAGGAUGCUGUGGCUGAUGUCCUUAGAGCUGGGAUGGAUGUGGAAUGUGGUGAUUACUUGACAAAGCAUGGUAAAUCAGCAGUUUUGCAGAAAAAAGUACCAAUAUCUCAAAUUGACCGUGCCCUUCACAAUCUCUUCUCCAUUAGAAUUAGGCUAGGCCUAUUUGAUGGAAACCCUUCCAAGCUCACAUAUGGCUCAAUUGGUCCCAACCAAGUCUGCUCCAAACAAAACCUAAAACUAGCACUCGAAGCCGCCAGAAACGGUAUUGUCCUUUUAAAAAACACUGCAUCAAUUCUCCCCCUUCCAAAAACAAACCCAAGCAUUGCAGUGAUAGGCCCCAAUGCCAAUGCUUCAUCACUAGCUGUUCUAGGAAACUACUAUGGCCGUCCUUGUAAACUGGUCACUCUGUUGCAAGGCUUCCAGCACUAUGCUAAGGAUACCAUUUAUCACCCUGGUUGUAGUGAUGGAACACAGUGUGCUUCUGCUGAAAUAAACGAGGCGGUGGAAGUUGCGAAAAAAGUGGAUUAUGUGGUGCUGGUUAUGGGGUUGGAUCAAAGUCAAGAGAGGGAAUCACAUGAUCGUGAUUUCUUAGAGUUACCAGGGAAGCAACAGGAACUGAUUAAUAGUGUUGCCAGUGCUUCUAAGAAACCUGUUAUUUUGGUCCUCUUGUGUGGAGGUCCUGUGGAUAUCACUGCAGCUAAGUUUAACAAAAAUGUUGGAGGCAUAUUGUGGGCUGGUUAUCCUGGUGAACUUGGAGGAGUGGCACUGGCCCAGGUUAUCUUUGGAGACCAUAACCCAGGAGGAAGACUACCAAUUACUUGGUACCCAAAAGACUUCAUCAGAGUACCAAUGACAGACAUGAGGAUGAGAGCUGAUCCAGCAUCAGGCUACCCCGGAAGAACCUACCGAUUUUACACAGGUCCAAAGGUCUAUGAAUUUGGCUAUGGUCUAAGUUACUCAAAAUACUCCUACGAGUUCGUAUCCGUCACACAAAACAACCUUCACAUCAACCAGUCAUCCACUCAUUUAACGGUUGAUGAAAACUCCGAAACCAUCCGUUACAAGCUGGUUUCGGAGCUCGGUGAAGAGACUUGUCAAAGCAUGUCUGUCUCGGUGACUUUGGGAGUUAAAAAUGAUGGAAGCAUGGCGGGGAAGCAUCCAGUGUUGCUGUUUAUGAGGCAGGGGAAACAGAGAAAUGGAAACCCUUUAAAACAGUUGGUAGGUUUUCAAAGUGUGAAGCUAGAUGCAGGGGAAAGGGGUGAAGUUGGGUUUGAACUUAGCCCCUGUGAGCAUCUUAGCAUUGCAAAUGAGGGAGGUGUAAAGGUGAUACAAGAGGGGUCUUAUUUAUUACAUGUUGGGGACAAAGAGUACCCUAUGAAUAUCUCUGUUUGAUGAUGAUGCUGCAAUGGAUUGAGUCUUCAAUAAGGUAAAGGGGUAAAGCAAAUUUAUUUGCAGCUAGUCUAUGAAAUUGAAAUUUCGAUUGGCUCUAGUGAAGGAAUCAUUAUCAAUUUAUCAUUA